GAGCUACGGUCAGGUUCUUACUGAUCCAUGAUUAUCCAGGUAUAAAACUGGUUGACUUAAACCAUAUCCAUAUACUCGUCCGCUAGGACGCAUGUCUUCUGACGAUGCUUCAUCAUCCUCCAGUUACAAACACCCAACAUCUAGUUUCGCAGACGUUUUCAGAUCUUUAGGCGUUGCCCGUUCCAAAUCGCUUUCACCAAUCUCGGUGCGAGAGAACAGUGAUUCAUUGUCGCAGACGUCGGAUGGACAUAGAAACAGCUGGGUUGCUUUUGGACUUGAAUCAAUGCAUCGCGGUAGUGUUGUUUCCAGUUCUUCGGACGCUUCUGGUGCGCCAGAUUUCGAGACGUCAAUCAGGAACUUGGCACAGAAACAGAACCUUGCUCUUGCUAUCGACGAGGCAGAGCAAGUUUCAAAGUCACUUCAGUGGUUUCCCUCUGAGCAAUCAUUGGCGCUGUGGGAGGCUGGCUCUUAUCUUAUCCAUCAUGCGACCUCUCCAGAAGCCCGGAGAAGCGGCUCUCUAUUAAUGGAAGCCAUUGCAGCGCGCCAAGACCUGUCACCAACAGCAAGGAGAUCUAUCUUUGAGUCGAUAUCUCGUCCAUCGGAGUCCGACGUGGUGCCCGCACGUGUGAUUUCUUUAAUCUCUCUCUCUGAUCAUGGUAGGAAGUUGGAGUUCGCCUCUUCGUCCAUAGUCCCGAUCAUCUCGUCGUUUAUAGUCCCACUAUAUGAGCUGAUCUCGUCCGCUCGACUAAAAGCGAGAAAAGCUAAAGUUGCUAAGGCUAAUGGGCUUGGUUACGACGAUGCAGUCCUGGAUGACUUGCUACAGUUUGCUGUUGACUUAAUCACGUUACAAAGGAAAUCUCCUAGUAGCGAAGAGGUCCAGUCGCUACUCCAUCAGAUCUUCAUCGUCUGCAAGAAAACAAGUGUUGCUGCUGACAUCAAAAACUCUUUGGCUGUAUUUGAAGCUAUAAUUCUCUAUGGAGAUAUUCCGGACGAAAGCUUUGUUCCCAUGCUAGAGGUUCUAUGCAAUAUCUAUGCCUCGGUCAAGUCGUUGUCUGGCCCCACAUCACGGACUGUGCGCAAUCUUGCAAAAUCAAGGAGACAGGACGAGAUGGUCAAUACUCUCUAUUCGUUCUUGUUUGAAUCUUCGGAAGAGCAUGGGCGGAAUCUCAACAUUUUGCGUGGGACGGUACAUGUGUUCACAGAUCUUAUCCGCGCACACGGUCAAGAUGGAAUACCUCAGCUUCAGUUCGAGCAGCUGAUGGACUCUCUCCAAAUCGUUCUACAGAAGGAUGACGGCAGGCUAGAAGCAGACAUUCUGGAUUUGUGCCUGAAUAUUCUGGAGGGCGACUUUUAUCGCGUGGCUCUAGAGAGAGACUGGUCGGGCUUCAUCAACAUUAUCGUCUCUUGUUCGCUUAGAGCUAUCGACGAACCGGGAGAGUGCUCAACGUCAAGCUCCAGCUCACAUCUGGCUCAUCCGAGAGCCAAUAUGUUAGACGAAGCGAGGUCCAACAUUUUAGCCAACAUCAUUCAGAUCGCCUCCGCUCUAGAGGCUCUUUGGGAGCGCAUGAAUCGGCAGCAAAAGUUGGACGCCACGCGUUUCCUGAUGAAUGUCUGUCAACAUGUAGAACCCCCUCAGGCUGAGCUUAUUCUUAAUACAAUGAGAACCGAGAAGCUUUGCUUCCCCGAGAGCCCUAACUGGGUACAGCAUUGUCAGAAAUUGAUCCGCUGUUUCGUUCGAUCUCGCGCCAAACCAUCAGAGAUUCGUAUCCUGGCCCUGGACACAGUAAAAGAGGCUUUCACAAAUUAUGAGAGUCUAGCUCAGUUUCAGUCACAUGGGCUUCUUAAUUCAACGCUAGAGAACUUCUCUGAUGAGGAUGAUAUCUUGUUCCUCGAAUCACUCGUCUCCUUUGUUGUCGAUACUGCUAUCCUUAUCAGCGAUGAGGCUACCUUCGGCUUUUUAGUGGACGCCCUGAGCUCGCCGAUGAACAAAGAUUUGAGCAAAGAUGGGCCACAUGGUGCAGAGUCGCCGACACUGACCUCUCCACAUUCCCCAUCAACUGGCAGUAUGUUAGAGUCAUCUCUAGCCAAUGUUUGCUCCAUAGGCUUAGUUAAAGUGUUUCUCCGUUCGUUGAACUUGUCUGCGAGUAAAGCUGUUUUAGUCUUUGAAUCGCUUUUGAAGAUUGCUUAUGGCUCGGAGAGACCGGUGGACUCUCGCCUAACCGUGCUCAAGGUGUUGUUUAGGCUCCGAUGCGACUCUUCAGGCUCCAUUGCAGUCUUAUCUGUCUCUGAAAAUGACUUUUUGAUGAACAUCCCUGCUCGAAAUGCCGAUGCGGGCCCCAAGCCACACACUGCUAUGGAAGAGCAUACCGGAGAUUACAGCGCAGAUAACGAUAGCCCACGCAUAUCAGCAUCUGCUAAAUUGUCAACAAAAGACACUGCUAGUACUUCUUCGAAGUCUUCUGGGCGGAAUACAGGUAUCCCUUUACGUGCGUCGAAGUUGACACCGCCGGUAUGGACACUUGCCUCCUCCCAGGUACUUCCUGAGCAGCCACCAGAUGAGUCGAGUCCAUUCGUGUAUGCUUAUGCAACAUCCGACGUGUCGCCUAAUUCAGAAUCGGACCCAGCGCAGAAGGUUGCAUUGAAAGCAAACAUGUGGCUAGAGACCGUUAUCUCACUACUACAUCGAGAUACCAACUGGGAGAUUUACAGCUACGUUCUCACUCAUCUCGUGUCACAACUUCGCAACAAAGAUUUUUUUAGCAAUGCAGUUCCUCAGAUCAAGCUAUUGCGCAGUAUCCUGUGUGAUCAGGUUAAGAACGAUUCCUUCCGUGAGCCCCCAGCAUCCACCGGGGUCAAGAAAACUGAUGUAGCGGGUUAUAUAUUCGAUACAUUGUGCGUACUGAUUGGCUAUCAUGAGUUCUUCGCUAAAAGUGAAGAAGACGAACUCGUUCGUUCGUUCAUGAUGGGUAUCAUUGGAUCUUGGGGAGGUACUUCUCGCGGAUGCAUUCACGCCCUUUCUGUCUGCUGCCACGAAAUCCCGCUCUCUGUGACGAAAUCAUUGAAUGGAAUUCUUGACAAGAUGUCGAAAGUGAUCACUCUUGCCAACCUUGCCGUACAUAUUCUAGAAUUUCUAGCGUUACUCGCACGGUUACCUGAUGUUUAUGUGAACCUGCGAGAAGAGGAGAUUCGUACUGUCUUCGGCAUCUGCAUUCGCUUUCUGCAGACUUCUAGAGAACAGCGCUUUAAAGCUUCCGAGUCAACUAAUCGGAACCCUCAGGUAUCUGCGAAGCUCGGAAGCGGUGUGCGAGAGACUGCUGCUCUUCCUGCUGAAAUGUCUGACCCAUCCCUUCAGGAUGGGAUGUCGAGAUAUAUCUAUACUCUAACACAUCAUGUCAUGGUGUUUUGGUUCUUGUCGUUGAAGUUACAAGACCGAGCGAAGCAUGUCAACUGGAUCACUAGCAGACUUAUAUUCAAGGAUGAACACGGGAAAGAAAUGGUCGAAGAACAGAGUCAAGUUUUCCUCGACCUAAUGCAGAGGGUUGCCUUUACCGACUUGGGCGAAACCAUUCCGUAUGUGACAUUCCCUCCAACCCCAGCGGACGGACCUGUUUCGAAGAAGUCAUGGGUGGUGGGCAUGAGCAUAGUCACUGUGGAGAUAGCCGGAGUAUCUGGCUUAACUCAAAUCACAAAGAGACAGGCAUCAGGAACCACGUACGCUAUGUACCAGCAACGGACCGCUCCUGUCCUUCCGCAUCAGGUUCCUCCAACCCCGGAUGCUCACCUGCAUGGUGACGGCAUGCGCACUGCUGUUCUUCCAAGUCACGUCAUGCUCCAGCUAACAACUACGGCUUUCCCGACACCUACCGCAAUGCAGCCAAUUCCACUUCCCGAGGAUGACAUUACCCGUCGAGCACUGAACACUUUCGACCGAAAUGAUAUUGUGGACGGACACAAGAUUGGUGUCAUUUUCAUAGACAAAGGGCAGACGGCCGAGGCAGAUAUUCUUUCCAAUACGAGUGGUAGCCCCGACUAUGAGUACUUCUUGUCGAGACUUGGCACCAAGGUUCCUCUUAGAAGUGCUCAAUUCAAUACUCAGGGAUUGCACCCUGAUAUAGACGGGGAAUCUACCUACGCAUGGCGUGACCGGGUCACAGAAAUCGUGUACCACGUAGUAACAAUGAUGCCUACCAAUUUCGACAACGACCCUUCCUGCGUCAACAAAAAACGCCACAUAGGAAAUGACUUUGUCAACAUCAUCUUCAAUCGCUCAAACAUCCCAUUCAACUUUGAUACAAUACCGUCACAGUUCAAUUUCGUGAACAUCGUUAUUAGCCCCGUGUGUCGCAUCGCCGAUGGGUUUGAGUCUGCAAAUAUGGACACAGCUGGUUUUGAGAACUUCUAUUACCACGUCCAGGUGAUGAGCAAGCCCGGCUUCCCAGAAAUUUCGCCUGCCGCCACGCCCAAGAUUAUUUCCGGGAAAAAUCUAGCUGCAUUCGUGCGUUUCCUUGCCCUAAACGCGUCAGUAUUUUCUCUCGUUUGGAACAGUCAAGGAGGCGAGCAUAUUUCCUCCUGGCGCAACAGGUUGCGGGAGAUCAAAAGACUUCGUGAGCGAGCAUUGGGUUCCCAGACUCAGAGCCCCGAAGCCACAGAGGGUGCUUAUCCUGGCCAACGCCGCAAUACGAAGGCUAACAUAUUUUCCGAGGAACUGCCAUCACGCAGUACUCCUACCCGGUCAGACUUUGCUACUGACUGGAAUGCGUCUGCAGAUGCAAAUAUCCUUCAGAACCUGGAUUUCUCCCGGUGGGGCCGUUGAAAGGAUCCUCGUUUUCUAUGUUGAGGUUGAAGUACUGCUUAAAGCUUUUGAUCUGGCCUACCUCACGCGUGGGAUCGAUGGGGUAAAAGGGCAAAUAUUUUGCCCUAACCUCGCCUACAUCUAACAUUUAUGACUUCUUUACCACGAUGGAUUAAUGUACAUCUCCAGUUAUUCAGCCUGUGUC